AUGGCGGCCUUGAUGCAAGCAGACGCACGGCACACGCAGCUCUUGUUGGAAGCCCGUGCCGACCCGAAUGGCAUCAGCCGCAGCAGCUUGGCCGAAGCUCUGACCCUGCCUCUCCGCAUCAAGUACCGACUUGGUAUUCAGGACCCUGUGGCGAUGCCCUUUAUCGCUGGCCUGGGUGGGACAGCUCUCCACAUCGCAGCCACAACCGGGUGUUUCGAACAGGCGAAAUUGCUCUUGCAGUUCCGCGCGUUUCAUUCCUGCCGGCAUGAGAUGCUAACGGACCUAACCCCGAUCCAGCUUGCGAAGGACGUCCAGGACGAAAACAUGACAGCUUUGCUACUGCUGGCUGCCGCCGGACGUGAUCUGGAGGAUUCUGAAAUCGACGACAUGGACUCUUUGUGCAUAUGA